AGGCAGUUUUGGCUCGACCAUACUGCGCUGAGCAGCCCAAAACCGCAUGGGAUGGCGCAAUUCACCGCUGCCUUCUUGGUCGUUACCGUUUCUUUCCUUUGGCAAGGCGGCCUGAGCUUUCGAGACGAAGUAGACCUCACAGUCGAUCUCCUGCAGCGAAGCUUGGAAGUGGACACACCACAGCGAAUCCGACGCCUGCAAGCCUCACCAAUGUUUUGGCUUCACUUCCCGAAAUGUGGAACGAGCUUCGCCAACGCGGUCUAUCACCUCCCAGGCAUGUGCCCGGGACUUGAUGAGACCUUGAAUUUGGGCAAUGAGGAGCUGUUUGGAAGUUGCUUCGAGUCGGGCUUUCGGUCCUACUGCCCCACCAAGUGUGACAUGAGCUUGUUGCAUUGCGAUUGGCCGCCCAAUGCGACCCACCAGUGGCUGACCGAUCAGAAGUACGAGCAAAACAAAGGUCGCUUUGUGGGGUUGUUCCGUCAACCGGAACAGCGGCUGCUCUCUGCAUACAAUGAUGAUGAAGAUCUUUUCAGGGCGUCUCCGUACCCAAUCUGUAGAUGUUGCAAUGAAACAAUGACAGCAGAAGUGUCCAUGGAUGAGUUUAUCAAGAGAUGGGCCAGCUGGCAAGCAGGACAAAUUUGUGGUAUAUAUCCAGGAGUCCACAAUUUGACUCAAGCGGACGUUUCAAAGGCCGUUCAGCGACUGGAGGAAGGCUUUGCUUUUGUAGGCCUUCAAGAGGAGUGGGAGUUGUCAAUCUGCCUGUUCCAUGCUAAGUUUGGAGGCAAAUGCUUGGCAGUGGACUUUGACGACACACGACCCUCCAAGGGAGCAUCCUCUCACACCUAUGACACCUCGAUUCUCAAUGGCUGGACGGAUGAGCCGGAUCGCGCAGUUUAUGCCAAGGCAAAACAAAUGUUUGAAGCCGACCUGCAAAAAUAUGACAUUUCACAUGAAACUUGCAAGCCUUGUUACGAGGAAGCUGGCUUGGAAUGGCAAGAUCCGUGACACGAUGAUGGCUGAUUCGGACAUGCCACCAUUUCAGAUGCCAAUGAGAUAGAACACCAUAACAUGGUGGAGCUUCAGUGUCUUUGGAACAGAGAUUCCAAUCAGACAGGACGUUGCGGAACUUGCGAAUACAACGAACUUGUCAGUAAUGCGACAAUUGACUUGUAGCGAUGUGCAGAAAAAGCCUGCACUGAGCUUUGCCGGCUUUGCCAUGAAACAUUACGUUCGGCUGCUCCUGAAGAGGCUGGGGGGCUAGCGAUUUCUUGUGCUGGUUGCCACUGCCGCCAGGUGAGAGUUUACGAGCCUUGAGCAGCCACCGAGUAGUCUGCGACGAAGGCUAUGCUGUGAAGAGUGAAGGCUAGGGAC